GCCUUCACCAGCACAACCUCCUUCAGUGAGCGAGAGUUGUGCUGCAAUUUCCAUUCCACAUACUCCCUCACCUGAACCAGUAACAAAGCAGCUGCACUUUGUAAAGCCUCCACUUGGGGGAUGUAUAACAGCAAGCACGCAUUCAGUGUCAGGGAAUGAAACUAAUAAAGUGGACAUCAUUCCCACAGCUGCACGUGAGAAAGCUGCUUCCCCACUUACAUUAACACAAGCAUUCUCACCACAAUGCCCAAGCUCCCCCUCCUCUGUUGCUUCAUAUAGAAUGGUGUUGCCUGCUGUACAUCAGGAACAACUCCCCAGCCAAGACACAUUAUUACUACAACUCAAGGGCCCCCCUCAGCACUGUGGCAAAUCUGGAGAAUACAUCCAACCAGCCGAUCAUCAACGCACUACAGUAACCUGUACACCUACAGUUGCUUCUUACAACCCCCCGAAUGUGCUCAGUCAUCCCUUUCCACCUGCAAUACCGGACGCUCAAUCAGGUGCAAACGUAACUCAUUACUACCUCCCUGGGCUCACAGCAGUACCAACACCUCAGUACCCAUUAUACACUUCACCACUAGAGGGUAGCAUGCCCACAGUCUAUCAGCCACAGAUGCUGUCAAGUCACAAUGUUCCCCCAUUACCCACUAACUUGUCACAACGCUCAACAUAUGGUGUGUCACAACGCUCAACUUACGGGGUGCCACAACCUAAAAUUCCAGAUUUUACUGCAGAUAGUGAAAGAGAGUUUGCUAACCUCAAGCUUGCUCUUUGUAACCUACUCGAACCCCAUCCAGACUUAAGUGAGAAUUAUAAAUAUCAUGUGCUACUUGAACAUCUCAAGCUUCCAGAAGCCCAAAUGAUAGGUCAGUCGUGCCGCCACCAUCCAUACCCAUAUACAGCCACAAUGCAAGCUUUGCAGUUCCAGUAUGGUCAGCCACAUCAGCUUGCUCAAAGCGAAAUAGCUGCCAUUCUGACCUCCCCAGAUGUCAAGCCGACUGAUGCUCGCACCUUUCAGAGCUUUGCUCUGCGUGUCCAUCUCCUAGUAAGCAUGCUGCUCUCCUUAGAGGGACCACAAGGCAUGGAACUGAACUGCUGCUCACAUGUCGAUCGCCUACUUAGCAAGCUGCCAAAGUACCACAGAGAUGGGUUCAUCGAGCAUCUACAGUUACAAGGCAAAUUAAAUGGCACAAGUCUGAACCCCUACAACCUGCAGGACCUAAAUGGAUGGCUUCAAGGUAAAGCACAACAGCAGCGCCUUUCCAGCAGAUUGGUGCAACGCUAUCAACAGGAGAAACCAUCGGGGAGCGCAACAGAAAAAGGUCCCUUCAGGGUCAAAGGUCAAGCUACAGCUGUAUAUCAUGGAGCAGCGCCAACACGACAGGGUGCAUCCACUAAGCACGCUCUUGCUGACACCAACAAAGCUAACAAAAUGCAUUGUCUCUUCUGCAAUAGCAAGGAACACUAUAUUAGUCGCUGUCAACAGAUCAGAAAACAUUCUGCGGCGCACCUGGAUAAAUGGAUAGUAGAAGAAGGACGAUGCUGGAGAUGUGCACGUGCUCAUGCACCCGACGCAUGUACUCUCAAGAAGCCCUGCAGCGACUGCAAUGGUAUUCACCUCCAAGUUCUCCACAAUGUAGCUCAAAGGUAUACUGAAGACACCCAGAUGACUCCCACAGAGAGUCGUGUCUAUUUGACUCCCAGCAUCACCUCAAGUAGAGUGCUCCUGAAAGUUGUUCCUGUACUGCUGCAUCAUAAUUCAAAAUCAAUGGAGACAUUUGCUGUCUUAGAUGAUGGGGCUCAACGAACUAUGAUUUUACCUGACGCAGCACAACAUCUACACUUGCAUGGCCAACAUGAAAUUCUUGCCCUGCGCACCGUGCGCACAGACCUUACCCACCUCAAGGGUUUAACAGUUGACUUUGAGAUUUCCCCUAUAAAGAACCCAGGAAAACGGUACCAAGUGCAAGGUGCGUUUACUGCACAAGGUUUGGAUCUGAUGGAGCAGACCUACCCAGUUCAGAGACUUCAGAGGAAGUACACCCAUCUACGUGGGAUUUCGUUGCAACCAUUUUCCAAUGCACGCCCCCUAGUGCUAAUUGGGUCAGACAAUGUGCACCUGAUCACUGCCACGAAGCCAGUCCGCCAGGGAAAUAAUGGAGGACCCAUAGCCAUCCACACAGCACUUGGAUGGACGUUACAGGGGGCGGAGGAAAGAACACAAGGACAGAGCUCAACACAAUUGUGUCUCUUUACCUCACUCGCCACUCCCAAUGACAUCUUGUUUCGUAAUGUGGAAAAGUUAUGGCAACUUGAUGUUUUGCCUUUCAGGAACGAAAAGAUGGUUGUUCGCUCUCGUGAAGAUCAAGAAGCAAUCACCCUAUUGGAGACAAGAACUCAGCGAAUCGACAUAGAGGUUGUCCAGCGCUAUGCAACACCCCUCCUAAGAAAGAAAGAUAUGCCUAAACUCAACAGUUCCAUAUCCACCGUUAUGGCUCACUUGAGAAGCACAGAGAAAAGGCUCAGGAAGAAUCCAGAGAAAGUCCCUUCCUUUUCUGCUGAGAUCGCUAAGCUCAUUCAAGCAGGGUAUGUCAAGAAGCUCUCGCAUGAAGAGACGGAACAGUCCAAUGAAGCGUGGUAUCUUCCCUAUCAUCUCGUGUUCCACAAUGAGAAGGCAAAACUUGUCUUCAACUGCUCGUUUCGACAUCAGGGAUUGUCUGUGAACGACCAACUCCUCCCUGGGCUUGUGAACACCCACAACAAUCCUGCUGAUGACAUCACCAGGAGGAAACCCCUUCUGGAACUUGCGGAGGACGGGCGCUGGAGGCAAGGACCCCCAUUUCUCAGGCAAAGUGCGGAAUACUGGCCAAAAAGACCGGAGAAAGAUUCAACCCCGACUUCAUCCGAACUAAAGAGCAUCACUUUCUGUGGUCUUGCAGUAGUGCAAAGCGACAAUAAUAUUCCGGAUGCUUCUCUAUUCAAUACCUGGAAAGAAUUAGUAAAAGUCACUCAGCAGGCGGGACAGGAAGGACCAAGAGGCUCGACACACAGUCAGACAAUCAGCUCCCAAGAAGCUGACUUUCUGUUGCUGAGAAGAUGUCAAGUUCAAACCUUUCCCGCAGACAUCAUGUCUCUUAAAACACAGAACGCAGUGUCAGCUAAGAGUCGUCUGGCGUGCCUCUCCCCUGAGUGGGACUCAACUACAGGGUUAAUUCGAGUUGGGGGUAGGCUGCGACGACUCCAGAACCCGGACCUAGAAGAGAUCCAUCCUAUUGUGCUGGACCCAAAACAUCAGAUAACUAAACUCCUCAUCAAGGACAUGGACGAACGUCUUCUGCACCCAGGUACAGAGCGAGUGUAUGCAGAACUUCGAAGACAUUACUGGAUUUUGCGAGGACGACAAGCAGUCAGGCACCAUCAGCAUAAUUGCCCAUCUUGUCAACGCUGGCGAGCUCAACCGACAGUCCCAAGGAUGGCAGAUCUGCCACCACAACGCCUCAGACUUCUCUGUCCACCCUUCCAUUCAACAGGUGUGGAUUGUUUUGGACCUUAUCUGGUCAAAGUGGGCAGAAGAUCAGAGAAACGGUGGGGUGUCAUUUUUAAGUGUCUUACAACUCGAGCAGUUCACAUCGAACUCCUGAACUCCAUGGAUGCCGAUGCAUUCCUUCUCGCUCUACGUCGGUUCAUUGCCAGGAGGGGAAGACCAAGAGAGGUACUGUCAGAUUGUGGGACCAACUUCCGAGGAGCCGAAAGAGAACUCAGGACAGUGUUUGCAGAGAUGGAACCUCAACUAAGAGAGCAACUGACAGAAUAUCAGAUUGACUUCAAAUUUAACCCUCCAAAUGCACCUCAUUUUGGUGGGGCAUGGGAACGGGAAAUUAGAUCCAUCAAGGCCAGUCUCCAAGUCGCAGUAGGAGGGCAGUCAGUCACAGAAGAUGUCUUGCACACAACUCUAGUGGAAGUGGAGGGGAUACUGAACUCAAAACCACUAGGGUACGUAUCAUCUGAUGUUUCUGAUCUGGACCCAAUCACCCCAAACAUCCUUCUCAUGGGGCGGCGGGAUUCUGCACUGCCGCAAGUAGUUUACGUCCCAGCUGUCAUGGGGCGGCGGAGAUGGCGCCAUUGUCAAACACUUGUGGAUCAGUUUUGGAUCCACUUCAUCCGCAGUUAUCUACCCACUUUGCAGACCAGGUCAAAAUGGCAGAGGUCGUCCGAAAACAUAACCAUCAACACUGUAGUUCUGAUGGUGGACCCUUCACUUCCAAGAGCACAGUGGCCCAUCGGCAGAGUGGUUAAGACCAUUCCGAGUCAAGAUGGACAAGUCAGGGCUGCUGAGGUUAUGGUCAAGAGUAAAGUCUACACCAGACCGGUAGCUCGCUUGAUCCCACUUCCAAGUUUAGAGGAUGACAGUAAGGACACUUGAAGAAUUCCUGUAGUUACACAUUUGUUGUACAAAUGUGGGGGCGGCUGUUAAGAAUUCUCCAUGUUUAUCUAUGUUUUCAGAUACUUUAUUUUGAAGCAUUUCUUGACAGUGUCACUUCCGCUUCCUUCCUGUAGGGGUCACUUCCGCUUCCCUUUUGACGUGUGUUAAUGUGUGCUGACUUGUUUCUCUGCUACGUUUAAUCGGUGCUCUAGUCUUUGACGAUAUACUAACUAACUAAAGAAAUGAACCUAAACCAAUAUGCACCAUUAAAGUUGGAAGAGUCCAAAUGA